GCCAGUGUUGGAGGCAGAUGGACAAAAGAAUGGUACCAUGACAUGACUGGCGACCCUGGAACACAGUUGCAUAGCCGGGAAUCCGAGAAACGGGUACUUGGCGCCAAUCCCACGCGUCUGCGUCGUCAAUCCAACUCACCUCCCCCGCGCGCCCGUUGAGGCUGACAUGUCAGCAACAACCCUCCUUGGACCCUUUGCUCAGUAGCACAGCCACAUCUGAUACACGACGACUCUUCCCAACAAUCCUCCUCCUUCUAGCUGCCUUCUAGCUGCCUUCUGCAUCCCGCCACCUAACAGCACUACCAUAUCGACAUUACACAUGGGCAACCUCUGCGGUAAACAGUCCAAAGACAACUUCGACGGCCCAGGGCGCACACUCGGUUCUGCGCCUGCGCCCACAACACGCGCAUCCGUACCCAACAAUGCCGCCGCCCCGAAGCCAAAAGUCGGAGGCCCACCGCGCACAUUAGGCGACAGCAAUAAGCAAGACGAUCCAAAAGCAGCCGCCGCCGCUGCAGCCGAGGCCCGCGCAAACAAAUCCACCCCCGGUGACCUACAAAAGAAGCUCGACGCUCAGAAACGCCAAACAAACAACCAGGCCCUCCAACAAGCCGCAGACGAGAACCGUCUCGCGCGAGAAGCAGAUCAAGCGACCGAGACAAGGAAUUACAAUUAAAUACUGAGUGCUAGAGUAGACGGGCAGACCUGUGUGGGUAAAUAAUUGGUGAAAGAGGAGAGAGAGAGAGAGAGAGAGAGGAGAAAAUGUAUAUAUAGAUAUCUUAUCGUAUGUAUAUAAACAUUUGGAGAUGGGUUGUGGGGAGGAGUGGCGGAGGGAACCCCCCCCCCCCGAUUUCAUGACUUUAAUAUUUACACCUUAUAUUUUUUUUCCUGACUAAUUGAGCAAAAUGGAGAAAUUGCAUGUGGG